GUCCGGCUGAAGCGUGCGAAAAACAAACACUUUUCAUCUUGGAUCAUCAGAGGCUGUUGCGUCCAAGAAAGACUGAUUGAAACCUACGUUUCGAGAGACUACCACGAUAAUUGAAGCGCUGCUAUUGGCUGGCAGCAGAGCGACCUGCUCUAUCAGUGUCCAUUCGGGGACAACAAUGAGGCUGAAUCUCAAAUGACCCCGUCCUGGCUGAAGGGUCUUCCUCUUCCAUUCUCACAGCAGCUUUGGACGUGACCAGCAGCCUUCCAGGGGCCGAACACUGGACCUAAGGGACCGCAAUGCUUUGAGAAAAACUGUUCAAAUUAAAGCUUUAUCACCAAAGAACAUCCAGGAGGAGACCGCCACUGUUCCAUUGGGAUUACUUUGUGAUCUAUCUGAUUUGUUUUAAGGUUCCAAGGAUAGGAACCUCUGAUGUCAAUAGGUUUUGAGAAAAGAAAAACCAAAAUGAAGCCAAGACUCUUCCUCUCCACCCUGACAACUUUCUAUAUUUUGAAUGUGUGUCUGGCCUCAGAGCUGUCCUUCCUGCUGGAGCCCAGCGAUGUGAUCGCAGUGAGGGACCGCCUGCUCCUGCUGGACUGUGGGGUGACGGGCGAGGAGCCCAUCAUGGUGACGUGGCGAAAAAACGGGGUUCCUUUCCCCGCCAGCCAGCGGGUCCAGGUGCUGGCCAAUGGCACGCUGUUCAUCCAGAGCUUCCAGAAACGCAGAGAGGGAAGCGACGCGGACAUGGGCGAGUACGAGUGCGCCGCUCAGAACCGCUACGGCAUGAUCGUCAGCCGCAAGGCCAAGGUCCACUUGGCAUCUCUUCCCAAGUUCCACACCCACCCUCUGUCCAUGUCUGUGGACGAUGGAGGCGUAGCUCGCUUCCAGUGUCAGAUCAACGGGGUUCCUGAGGCCAACAUCAGCUGGGAGAGGGACCGAGAGGCCCUCAACACCACCGACAACAGAUACACUCUCCUGCCCAUGGGUGUUCUUCAGGUGUCAGGCGUGAGGCAGCAGGAUGCCGGAGUGUUCCGCUGUGUUGCCACCAACAUAGCUAACACCCGCUACAGCCACGAGGCCAUGCUCAACAUCACUGGUGGGGCUCCCCGAACCUACAAAGAGCCGUUCAUCCUGUCCGGACCCCAGAAUCUGACCAUCACUGUCCAUCAGACGGCCAUCUUGGAGUGCAUCGCCUCAGGAAACCCCAGGCCCAUUGUUUCCUGGAGCAGGCUAGACGGGCGCUCCAUCGGGGUGGAGGGGAUCCAGGUCCUGGGAACUGGGAACCUGAUGAUCUCAGAUGUUUCCCUGCAGCACUCCGGGGUGUAUGUGUGUGCUGCCAAUCGGCCCGGCACCAGGAUGAGGCGUACUGCCCUCGGUCGACUCGUGGUACAAGCUCCUCCUGAGUUCCUGCAGUGGCCACAGUCUGUGUCCCGACCAGCAGGGGGCAGCGCUGUGUUCACCUGCGUGGCCCAGGGGGUCCCGGAGCCCCACCUCAUCUGGCUGAAGAACGGCAAGGUGCUGGUGACCGGGAACAACGUCAAGCUGACCAACAACAACAGCACCCUGGCUCUGACCCGGAUCAGUUCUGAGGACGAAGCCAUCUACCAGUGCAUCGCAGAGAACAGUGCCGGCACCAACCAGGCCAGCGCCCGGCUGGCCGUGGCGCAGCCCAAAGACCUGCCCAGCGCCCCCCAGGGCCUGAAGGCCAGCCCACUGACCACCAGCAGCCUGCAGAUCUCCUGGAUCCAGCCCCCCCCCAACGUCACCGACAGCAUCAUCGGAUACGUCCUGCAUAUCCGCAAGAUAGGAGAGCCGGACAGCCUGGAGCUGCAGGAGGCCAUCAGUAAAGAAACCUUCCAGCAUGACGUGGCCAACCUGGAGCCCGCCACCACCUACUCCCUGUACCUGAAGGCCUACUCUCCUCUGGGGGCCAGCCAGCAGUCCCUCUCUGUGGGGGCUACAACUCUAGGGGGCGUGCCCACACCCCCCACCUUCUUCACCAAGGUGGUGAACUCCACGGCCGUGCAGGUUCUCUGGGAGCUGCCCAGCAAGGCCGGCAAGGCUGAGGGCUUCAGGCUGUCCUACCGCAGGGUCCCCCACGCUGACUUCCAGGGGCCCAUCCAGCUGUCCUGUCACAUCAAUGCCCACACCAUCUCUGAGCUGGAAUCAGGUGCAGUGUAUGAAGUGAAGUUGGUGGCCUACAACGGAAACGGGGAGAGCGACUGCUCCAAGAGACUGGUGUCUCUGGCAGAGGAGGCCAAGAGCGCCCCGAGCCCCGCAGAGAACAGCCUGUGUCAGUGCAGGGGGGGGGAGGCCUCACUCGGCAGCAUCGUCAUUGGCAUCCACAUCGGCACCGCCUGCAUCAUCUUCUGCGUCCUCUUCCUGCUGUUCGGGUACCGACGCAGUCUGUUCUGCAGUAAAGGGACUCAGGACAACUGGUCUGUACCGAGGGACAGCAGAGGACACAAUAGGGUCCCUAAAGACGGAGCACACCGGCCCCAAGUGGAGCCCCCGCCACAGGUGGUCUGUCCGGCGCAGUACCAGGUGGUCAUCGAGCAGCACGGUUCAGGUUUGCCUGUCACAGACACUGGCUAACACUGGUCUUUAAUAUCAACACCCAUAUCCCCCCCUCCUACUCACUUAGCAUCCCACCAAUGAGCUCCUUCUGGGCCCAGUGUCAGGGUUACUUUCCCCAUGACCGGCUGCUUCAAACCUUACAUUAGUCUCUGCAAAAAUGUGACAAUAUUCUCAAAGAGCUAGGAGACAUCCUGGUCCUUGGCCACCCCAACCCUAACCCUAACUCUCAAACCAAAGCUUUAUUGCCUUUAUUGCCUGUGCACAUUCUCAUGUGCAUGUAGAAAAAGCCUUCAAAAUGCAUUGCCAGAUCAGUCCGUCACAUUCCUUCAGUUUGUACUCCACACACACAUGUCACUUUUCCAGUAGGGGUCUGUUCCAUAACCAAAAUAUAUAGUAUUCCUCAGAUCCCCCUGGUAAGCUGACAUGUUAAGUUGUGGUCUUAAAACCCAAAUGAAGCCAUUCUUAGUCUGUGGUGAUGGAACUCUUUGCCUUCAGUUCCUCUGCAGUAAGAAAUGGAAGAAACAGUGGCCUUUGCAAACGCCUUAUGAGAGUGAAAGUGAUAGGAAGUGAUUGUCUAUCACCGUAUGAGCCAUUUAGAGGAACCGUGUUAACAGUUUACUCAACUCCUCUUCCCCCUAAACGCUGCACGCCUCCAAAGAAAGCUACCUCAGUCUGACAGGAAUGUCUGAGCCAUAGUGCAGGCCGGUUUUAGCCUGAUAAUGCUACCUUUGCUAGCCUACCUCAACCGAAAACUACUGAAACCCUUUCGAUUCAGAAACUACUUCCUCCACCAGUGUCAGUGUACUGUGCCAAUCGCCAACUAGUCCAGAGAGUGCUCCUCAGGAUGACUUCCAGGGAGUGUAUAACCGUGGCAUGGCCUGAGCUCCACCGCCACAGCCCUGCCUAACCUCUCCAGGGAUCGACCAGAGCCUUAACCACUUCCUGUUCAAGCCAUGUCAUCUUUCCAUCUACAGGUCCAGUUUUGGAAAUCUUUAACUUUCAGCGCUCCCUCCUUGAUCAACGUUGACCUCUACAUGGCUUUCCAGUGUCCAUCUCCAAAGACUUAUUUGUGCAGAGGAAGUAGCUCAUGGAACAUAUAAACCUCAAAGAGUGCCUCGAGAACAUUUAAAGCAUUCCUUUCUUUCUUUUAGUCCAUUAGAGGAAGUUCAACAUGAUGCUUGCUUGUUCUGCACAACCCUGAUGGAAAAGAAAGACAAAAAGUGUUUGAGGCCAUGCUGCCAAGUUAACUCUCCAGAUGCCAAAUGUGUCACCCUGGGACCUCAAUGACACUGAGUUGGCAGCAAAUAAUUUUAAAAGGUGACACUCGCCUGAAGGCACGGACAGCGCCGUGUCUCCAGCGUCAGCCUAUCCAAAAAGUUCUUCUAUGAAAACCAAGCUGAAUGAUACCCAAAGAUGUAAACAUUUUGAUGGUUUUCCUUAUUUUCCUUUAAAGAAUUAUUUUAAGAGAGACAUUUACUUAAAUGUUUGGAUUGUUCCAAUUUGAAAGGGGUCACCUGUGUAUACAGUGCUUUAACCUAACCCAAACCAAAACAAAUCUCAUGAUUUCCUUAGCAUUUUCUUUGUAAUUUUUUCAUAACCUUUUGUUUGGUCAUUCCAGGUGCACCCCUUCAACACGGAACUCUUUAUUUUGUUGAUUCUAACUUGUACCUUUUUGAAGAGUAACCAAAUGAAGAUGUCAGAUAUUUUCUAAUACUUGCUAUAUUGUUACUGCUGUUUAAGGAAUACUUGCUUUCUGUUUUUAGUAGUUCAAUUCUUGCCAAAUAUUUAUGUAUUUUAACAAACUAUGUAACCUCUAUAAAUGUAACAUUCCAAGGGUUUAACUUUGCACUUCGUCACAACCAAAGCUCAGGAUCAUGCUUGUGAGCGUGAUAAUUUCCACGAGUGUGUGAACGGUUAACACAAGGUGAACCUUGAGGGCAGCAGCUGUGAGAAGAAACCUCUUCCUUAAACCUAACCCAAAAAGUAGCUUUUUGACCUAAGUGGUUUAAACAAAGAGUUGAAUGGUUGUAUUUUAAAGGAAAAAACAAGUGCCCAAAAAGGAAAUGUAUCUUUAUUUUCAUUAACGGCUGUCACUGCUUUAUUACAACAGCCAUUAAACGGGUCUGACAAAACACAACAGCUUUAUACGGUCAUCAACAACCCAUAUUAGCUCACUAGCUAAUGUUUCUUUCUUAUCUUCAAAUGAGUACACAUCAUAUUUAGCUGCUCUGGUUACUAAAUUGCACUGUUAACAUCCGUUUUUGCAUGCUAGCUUGAUGUAGCUAUAGCACAUUAAGAAGCUUAAAUACUCACUUGUUAAAGCCAACAAUGGUUAGCUUGGAUCCUAAAUUGUGUGCAAUCCUCAUUUUUCACCAUCGCUAACAAAACAAUAGUUCAAUGUUACGAUAGUUAAUGUUCCAAACAAAAAAAUGCUUUAAACGAAUAUAUCAUUAACCAAAAGUGUGUGUUGUCACUUGAGCUGUUAUGUUCCUCAAGGUUCACCUCAACCCUUUAGGAGUGUUUUAGGUUUCCUCAAAGAAUACAGUAUUAAAGGAUGAGGGCUUUUCUCCUCAUCUACCACUGAAGCUGUUAGAGCAACACAAUACCAAAAAGUGUUUCUGAUUUAGACCUAAAAGUCAAUGUGAUUUUUGUAGUGCGAAUUGUCUAGUGGUUAAGCUAGUUUUUAAAUAGAACGCAUUUGUUGCUUCUGUUUGGAACCAUUUCAUUUCUCUGCCUCUUUUCAUUUGAGUCUUUUGUUCUUCCUGCUGUGCACAGGAACAUGUGCCAAAGCAAAUGUUUGCUUUUUCUUAUUGUUGAUAUUAUUAUUAGAUUUGAUUACAUGAAUUAAGGUUUUUUUGUUACAUGUGUAAGGAUGGUAUGAAAAUGAUUUUUAGGUUAUGGUCUUUGAGGAAGUGAUGUGAAUGAGAAUGUAUGGCUGGAAGUUUUAGAAGCCGAACUCACAUUUUGCCCUUAAGAGCCUACUACUAGAUAAAAAAACACCACAAAAAAGUUUUACAAAAUGUAGGAGAGUAGAAACUGUCUGCUAGUACCAAGGAGAAACAAUGCUUUAAGGAUUAUAAGUGCUUCUCUUUUCACUAAAGCUUUCCACUGUAAUGUAGCCAACUGAAUCCUAAAGCUUUACCCUGCUGUGACCGAGGUCCCUCCUCCGUCUGUAGCCAACAUGAGAAAGGUUGGGAGGUAAGGACUGACUGCAGACACACUGGAGACCGAGCUGUGACUGGAAGGCUUUCACUGUAAGUUAAAUGCAGAAUUCACACAAAAAGGGUGUCAGUUCACACAAUUUACAAAAAAUGUUUUCAUAGUUCAUCUUUAUUUUUCUAAGGUUUGUCUUUCACGAACCUGGCAUUCUGUAAGAGAACAGGUAACUUUUUAAAUAACAAGUUAGGGAGUAGUUAAAGACAUCUCAAAGUGUGUACUUUAUCACAAAAUGACAACAUUAGUAUUCGUUUUAAAGGGCCAAACAACUUCCACUGUUACCACCAAGGUAAACAAUACAAGUUAAUGUUUCCAUAAAACUUAGAGCCUUAGCUAACAUGAGGUAGCUACGCCAAUGUCAAUACACUGUGCAAUACAAUGAAGCAUAUAAUUAGAGUUGUUAUUGAUAAGUAAGUGUAAUAAAUAACACAUGUCAUUUUCCACCUUAACACACAUGAUGACACAGGUGACUUCCACCCUAAUAUAUGUGAUAUUACGUAUGACUUUUCACAUUAAUUAACAUUAAAACACGAAUUUUCUCAUUUUAUUCUGUAAAUACCUUUUGUGGUGAUUUUUCGUGAUUUGUGUGAACUGACCCUUUAAUGUUAUUUAUUUAUUUAUUCAGCCGGAGGGCACCUGUUGUGCGUCUUUCAGAUAUGAAGGUAAUUACAAGACAACACCAGUAUUUAACUGCAGAAACUGUGGCGCUCAAUGACAACAUCCUAAUAAUUGACAUAUUCAUCAUCAGGUGAUAUCCUGGUCACUCAGUGUACAUAAGCUAUUCUUCUUUAGGCAAAACAUUGAUCUAUAGCUGCACAUUUACCAAUAUAAUGUUUUAAAUUACACAUUAACCAUGAUAGCUGGUGUAAAUGUUUACCUUUCUAAAUAAUUAUUAAAGUGUGAUGAAAUAUUAAAGGGAGAGCUAUUAGCAUUGGCUAGUGUGUUAGCCUAACCACAGCUUGGUCUCUGUCUGUAGACUGAUCCUGAAUGUCUCACCGCUGCCUUUUCUCCUCCCUUGAUCACAUACCAACAUGCCUAAAACCAAAUAAAGAAAUGUGGAUGAAAUAA